AACACAACACGUGCAGAAUUAUUUUUGUUUCCUCAAAAAAAGUUUAUAAAUUUAAUAUCUUUAAUAAAAACUACAAUUAAACUAAAAAAAUAGAUGGCAACUAAUAUUAAACUUAAAGAAGCUUUCGAAGCUGAAUCCCAAUUUGGUGCAUUCUAUACUGGAGGAAUCGUAGCUUGGACAUCGAGUGGUGAUGAAUUCCUUUGUCAAGAUGUUGGCAAAAUCAAUGUCAUUAAUAUCGAUAGUGGUAAUAUAGUUAAUUCAAUUGGCGAAGAAAAAUCUGCUGAUGUAGAUGAAGAUGUUGUUUAUACAUUCGCUUUGAGCGCCGAUGACGAACAUGUCCUAACCGCUCACAAAAGUGGUCUAUUGAAAAUGUGGGAAAAGAAAACUGGCACAUUAGAGAAAAUGUGGAAAAGUGCCCAUAAAGGUCCAGUUGCUAGAUUAGCAUUUCGUAGUCGAGGAAAUGUCGUUGCUUCUGGUGGAUCAGAUGCAUCAAUUCGAAUCUGGGACUAUGAACGAAAGACAUGUUUGUGUGCUUUUCGUGAUAGUCAAGGGGUGGUAGCUCUUGUGGUCUUCCAUCCAGAUAUCGAGAAUAAUUUGGUAUUUGGUUCGGGAGAUGACAACAAAAUUAACUGUUGGGAUUACGCCACAAGAACCCACAAAGUCACUUUCACUGGUCAUUAUUCAAAAGUUACAGCUUUGUCUUUUGACACAGAUUCAAAGAUCAUGGCUUCUGUUAGUAGAGAUAAGGUUUUGAUUCUAUGGAACAUUGAAACCGGGGCACAGAUAAAGGUUCUUCCUUUAUAUGAAGGUCUUGAGGGAGUUUGUAUUCUCCCCAAAACUCUGAUACUUCCAAACGGAUUCGAUCUAGCUGCUGCAGAGAAUAAAGACAAAACAUUCGCUGCAGUAGCUGGAGAGAAUGGUUAUAUCCGGGUUUGGAAUUGUUCAGAUGCUAAGAAUAUCUACACUCAGACCAAUAGUUCGGUUUCCAAAGCUUCCGAAGAUGGUGGUUUAGCUGUUACUCAACUUCUCCAAUGCAACAAAACCAAUCAAUUGGCAAUGGUAACUGCCGAUCACAAUAUCAUUGUCCACAACACCUCGACGUUUCACUGUGCCAAACAGUUGAUUGGUUUCAGUGAUGAAAUACUUGAUGUUUGCUUUGUGGGGAAGAACUCACGGUUCUUGGCUGUGGCAACAAACAGUUCAGAUAUUAAAUUCUAUGACACAUCCAAUAUGAACUGUUCAAUUUUGAAAGGACACUCAGAUAUUGUCCUGGCAUUAUCUUCACAUAAAAACUUUUUACUAUCCUCAUCGAAAGACAACACAAUCAGAAUCUGGGAGAUGGAUUCUGGAUCAUUUACAGUUAAAUGUGUUGCAAAGGGGACAAAGCACACGUCGAGUGUGGGAUCAGUAGCGUUUGGUAAAAUGUCGCAUACAAUUUGUGCUUCAGCAAGUCAAGAUACUUGCCUCAAAGUUUGGGAAGUACCCAAGACAUUCAGUAAUAAUUCCUCAGAUGAAGUUGAUUUGCAUUCUUUGGUGUGCACAAACACAGCCAUUGCCCAUGAAAAAGACGUAAAUUGCGUGGCCAUUUCACCAAACGAUUUAAUUGUUGCCACAGCAUCGCAGGAUAAAACUGCAAAACUCUGGGACAGUAAAACCUUGUCGCUUUUGGGAGUUUUGCGUGGACAUCGUCGAGGAGUUUGGUGUGUUCGUUUUUCACCAAUCGAUCAAAUACUUCUGACCACUUCGGCUGAUUGUAGUCUUCGGAUGUGGUCACUCACCGAUAUGACUUGUUUGAAGACCAUCGAAGGUCAUGAGAGUUCAGUUUUGCGGGCGGAAUUCAUAUCCAAAGGAAUGCAAUUGGUCUCGGCUGGUGGGGAUGGUCUUAUCAAAUUGUGGAAUAUUAAAAAUAGCGAGUGUACCUUGACUUUGGACAAACACGAAGCUCGGAUAUGGACAUUGGCAGUGGCUCAUGGUGAGACACAUUUCUUUAGUGGAGGAGCUGAUUCAAAGUUGAUACGAUGGAAAGAUGUGACCGAGGAGAAGAAACUGGCUGAAAUUCAAGAGCGUCAAGAAAUGGCUGCUCAAGAGCAAGAACUGAACAAUUUAAUAGCCCAAAAGAAAAUGUUGAAAGCUCUACGAUUGGCUUUGAAGCUGGAGAAACCUUAUUUGACAUUGAAAAUUAUCAAUACAGUUAUUAAGAACGGAGAAUCUGGUUUGCCGGAUACCAUCAAGAGUUUAAAUGAACUUCAUAAAGAGAGUUUAAUGCGACAUGCAGUAUCGUGGAAUACAAAUAGUAGAAAUUGUCGACCAGCACAACUUGUUUUGAAUAUAUUGAUUAAUUUGGUUUUAGCUAACGAAUUUAAGCCAUCGGGAAUGGGAAAGAUGAUUGAAGAGACAUUACCUUAUACGGAGAGGCAUUUUAAGCGAAUGACAGAGUAUUUGAAAGAUUUGAAAUUUAUUGAGUUUACACUUAAAUGUAUGCAGCCUCAUGGUGGUAUGGAAGUCGAUGUUGUAGAUAAAUAAAAUAUUUUAAGAUAUAAAAAAGAUUACAUAUUCUUCA